UUGUGAAAUAAUAAUUUGAUCGCCUAAAAUGAAUCAAUGACGACGAAGGCUCCAGUAAGUGGCGAUGGUAUUGGUGCAACUAGAAAUCCCAGAUGGUCUCUAGCCGGAGUAACUGCUCUCGUCACCGGUGGUACACGUGGAAUCGGCUACGCGGUAGUCGAGGAACUGGCGGAGUUAGGAGCGGCGGUGCACACCUGCUCUCGUAACGAAGCUGAACUUAACCAACGGUUACAAGAAUGGUCAGCCAAGUGUUUCAACGUCACAGGAUGCGUCUGCGACUUAUCUUCUCGUCCUCAACGAGAACAUCUUGCCGAACAAGUCUCGUCGCUUUUCAGUGGCAAGCUCAACAUCUUAAUAAACAAUGUGGGGACAAACAUUAGGAAACCUACUACAGAGUAUACUCCAGAACUGUAUUCAAUGCUCAUGGCUACUAAUUUGGAGUCUUCUUACCAUAUGAGUCAACUUGCACAUCCUCUUUUAAAAGCUUCAGGAGCUGGAAGCAUUGUGUUUAUUUCCUCUGUUGCAGGUCUGGUUCAUGUUGGUGUUGGGUCUGUUUACAGUGCCAUUAAAGCUGCACUGAAUCAACUUACAAAGAAUUUAGCAUGUGAAUGGGCGAAAGACAACAUUCGGAGUAAUUGUGUAGCACCAUGGUUCACUAAGACCUCUCUUAUCGAAGAGGUACUUGAUAAUAAGGAGUUUUUGGAUAGUGUGGCAUCUAGAACUCCUUUGAAACGCCUUGGAGAAGCAAAUGAAGUCUCAUCGCUUGUGGCAUUCCUUUGUUUACCUGCUGCUUCUUACAUUACUGGUCAAACAAUUGCUGUUGAUGGAGGAUUUACGGUCAACGGUUUCCCGUGAAUGCAACGUGACAUCUUUUCUACUGUUUGAAACAAAUAAAGUGUUUGUAAAAAUACACUAAACAAAACAAGAGCUGUCAAUGGAAGUGUUAGGUUUUCAUUUUGUUUUUUAUAUGCAU